CCAAUAACUCGAGUUGUUGGGAGAAGGUUAUGCUGGAUCUUAUACCACUCUCUAACACGCCCCCUCAAACGAAAGCCAACCCACGGGCUUGAAGUUUGCACAGGCCCACCAUACCAUGUGCUUGAAAGACAACGGUUAAUAUUGGGGGUCGUGGAGAUUCGAACACAUGACCUUUCGGUUCUAGGCUCUGAUACCAUGUCAUGAACCAGUUGGUCCCAAUAACUCGAGUUGUUGGGAGAAGGUUAUGCUGGAUCUUAUACCAC